UGUUGUUGUCCUUUUUUAAGUAUUUUUAAUUUUUAUGCUUUAAAAUCGUUAAUACUAUCCCCACAAUGUAAUCCCUGGGGGAUGUCAUAAUUCGCAUGUUUCCGCAUCUACGAAAUUUAGUGGAAUUAACAAGCACAUGAGCAUUCUGUGUGAAUGUGAGACUGCAUUGCAGGAGUCUACAUUGAAAUAAUGUCGGCCACGGCUGCAUCUGUAUUUAAAUGGGAUCCGAAGAGCCUAGAGAUUAGAACGAGGACUGUUGAGAAAACUUUGGAACCUCUGGUUAUUCAAGUAACCACAUUGGUGAACGCGAAAGGCUCUCCCAGCCAUCACCCCGGCCGAUCAAAACGCGGACCAGUUUUGGUUGCCACUGUUGAGCGCGCCACUUCCGAUUUCAUCGCGAAAGGCGAGCAAAUUGCACGGGACAAUGUGGAGAUGAAACAGGAGUUAACCGCGGCUGUGGAUGAUGUCCGCAAAAGCGGUGAAGUGAUGAGCGUGGCAUCGCGUGAAUUCGUCACUGAUCCGUGCUCGUCAAUUAAACGCGCUAAUAUGGUGCGUGCCGCACGCUCGCUUCUGUCUGCAGUUACCCGACUGUUGAUCCUGGCCGACGAAGUCGAUGUUCGCAAACUUCUCAAAUCUUUGCGCAUCGUGGAAGCCAACCUUGAGCGCUUUCGGAAUGCAACAAGUCAACAAGAGAUUGUCGAACACUACAAAGCCUUUGAUUUGAAUGUGGCUGACUUGACACAGAAAGCGGCUCUACGACAGAAAGAGCUGAUGGAUGCCGGCAUGCGCGAUGAUCUUGCCUCAGCGCGGGCUGUACUCAAGAAAAACAGUGUCAUGCUACUGACAGCCUCUAAGGCCUAUGUCCGGCACCCAGAGCUGCCGGAAGCCAGAUCGAAUCGCGACUUUGUGCUGGACCAAGUGGUCGACGCAGUGGGAACCAUUGGCGAAGUGGCGCAGGGAAGGCGCAAAGAACGUACAGUGCAAUUUGAAGGACCAGGGGAGUUGGCAGCUGCGCUUGAUGAAUUUGAUGAACGCGUUAUUAUGGAUCCGAUCAUGUAUAACGAAGUGCGCAGCCGACCAAUGCUGGAAGCCCAACUGGAAAGUAUUAUUAGGCGAGCGGCGGAAAUGGCCGAUUCGUCAUGCACCCGCGACGACCGACGCGAACGCAUUGUGGCGGAAUGUAAUGCCGUCCGACAAGCUCUGCAAGACUUGCUGACUCAAUAUAUGGACAAUAUGGGUAGAAGUACGCAGACAGAAGGCUUGGAAUAUGCCAUGGAGCAUUUAACUCGGAAAACGCGCGAUCUGCGACGACAGUUGCGCAAAGCUGUUGUUGAUCAUGUCUCUGAUUCGUUUUUGGAGACCAAUGUACCGUUGUUGGUGUUGAUUGAGGCCGCCAAAGCCGGCGAUGAGGUCGAAGUUAAGGAGUAUUCACAGGUCUUCCAUGAACAUGCCUACAAAUUGGUGGAAGUGGCGCAUCUGGCCUGCAGGAUGUCCAACCAGGAGGAAGGCGUCCGGAUGGUGCGUUACGCGGCAUCACAGAUUGAAGCCUUGUGUCCACAGGUGGUCAAUGCCGCUCGAAUCCUUUCGCAACGGCCCAAAUCGAAAAUUGCCCAGGAAAAUAUGGACGCCUUUAAGCAGUCUUGGGAAAGCCAGGUGCGCGUCUUGACCGAGGCCGUAGACGAUAUUACUACGAUCGACGAUUUCUUGGCUGUCUCAGAAAGUCACAUUCUGGAAGACGUCAAUAAAUGUGUACUGGCUCUGCAAGAGCGCGAUGCCGAUACUCUGGACCGCACUGCCGGUGCCAUUCGUGGCCGUACGGCGCGCGUGUGUAACGUUGUUGAGGCAGAAAUGGAAAACUACGAACCCGGUAUUUAUACGAAGCGCGUUAUUGAAUCCACCGGCAUCCUGCGAGAUCAUGUUAUAUUGAAUUUUGCCCAGCGCGUGCAUGUGGCCGUGGAUGCGUUUAACAGCGGUAAUCAUGUGGCCGUUAACGACAACGACUUCAUUGAAGCUGCUCGUAUGGUGUAUGAAGGAAUUCGGCAAGUGCGCAAGACAGUUCUCAUGGGCAGAAGCGCGGAGGAAAUCGAAUCCGAGUCCGAUUGGGAGGAAGAGGAAAUUUACGAUACCCGACACAAAGGCCCCGGGGAAGACGUGGCUGAUCUCAGCAGUGCCCGUGCUCAAAUGACACAACUGCCAGAAGCUGAUAAGCAGAAGAUUGCGGCACAAGUGGAGAUCUUCAAGAUCGAGAAGAGCAAGUUUGACAAAGAAGUCGCCAAAUGGGACGAUACGGGAAAUGAUAUUAUCGUGCUGGCUAAACACAUGUGUAUGAUUAUGAUGGAAAUGACGGAUUUUACCCGCGGGAAGGGACCAUUGAAAACCACCAUGGAUGUCAUCAAUGCUGCGAAGAAGAUUUCAGAAGCGGGAACCAAGUUAGAUAAAUUAGCCCGUCAGAUCGCUGACCAGUGCCCGGAGUCUAGCACGAAAAAGGAUUUGUUGGCUUAUUUGCAGCGAAUUGCAUUGUAUUGUCACCAGCUUAAUAUUACCACUAAAGUGAAGGCUGACGUGCAGAAUAUCUCAGGAGAAAUGGUUAUUUCCGGUUUGGACAGCGCUACAUCUUUGAUACAAGCCGCGAAAAAUCUCAUGAACGCUGUGGUGUUGACCGUGAAGUCUAGUUUCGUGGCCAGCACGAAGUACACAAGCAAGAUGGGCGGAAAGAUUCACUCCCCGAUUAUUGUAUGGCGAAUGCGUGCUCCUGAUAAGAAACCUCUGGUCAAGCGCGAGAAACCAGAAGAAAGUAAGGCCAAAGUGCGGCGUGGAUCGCAGAAAAAGACGGUAGCUCCAAUCAAGGCGCUGUCGGAAUUCCAGAGUCCGGCGGAUGCAGUUUAAAUACGCCACUUCCAUUUUAAAACACCCAGCUUGUAAAUUAACUACCUAAUUAAUUCAGUGUGCGGUGUACUUACCUUAUGCAUGUAAGUUGUAAUCCUCGAUACUCGUGGCAGCUUGGAGACUGAAAUCGAGUGCACUUCCGGUUUUGCUUGUAUUUUCUUCCUUUUUUACAUUUACGUUCCGUUCCGACUUCCACUUUUUGAUCUGUUGCAUUUGAAUCUGUUUUUAUGUUUGUUGAUUAAUGAUUAUACGUACUCAAAUCGGUAUCCAGUGUGACUCCAGAUCAGUUGUUGUUAUAAAAAACUUGAAAUAGAAA